AUGGAGUUUAACUCGGGCGGCUGCGAAGGUGCACGAAGUGGUGGGAAUGAUGUGGAGUUGUUGUCUAAGACGUUACAGGUGGAGCAUAAGUUGUUUUACUUUGAUCUCAAGGAGAAUCCACGCGAUCGUUACCUAAAGAUUUCAAAGAAGACAUCGGCGACAAGGUCCACCAUAAUCGUACCUUUCAAUGGAAUUUCUUGGUUCUUUGAUAUCUUCAACUACUACGUCACUUCUGAUGACCAAGAUAUUUCUAGCAAGGAACUUCAGCUUGAUAGCAAUGCAAUUUAGCCUUCAUCAAAUUAUAAUAAUAGCAUGCAACAAGCAAUUGGACCUCAAAAAGUUGAUCCUAGCAUGGAAUGGAAACCGAAACCAAUUGCACAAAGUCAGAGGUCAAUUAAGGUGCCUGUGGCUGUGGUUCCAGUUGAAGCUCAUACUCCAACAAUAGUUUCUUCUACAUCCUCCACUAAUCUUGAUUCAUAA